GGAGGAAAUCACGCGCGAGAGAAGCACAUGCAUAACGUGUGCUCGUCUUCUACACCUAGCUCUUGCAUUGUGGGCUUGUGGUAGUAUCCCAAGUUCUUCAAGGUCAUGGAGGCUGCAGCGGCGUCACUUCUUCCUCCUGCUCGGAAGGUGCUUAUUCUGGUCUCGCUGAUCCUCACAGCUGGAUCGCUGUCUCGACGAGCUUCAGCUGUUUCGCCGUCGCAUGAAUAUGGAGAUGGAGUACGAUACGACUACAGAGCUUACACUGAGUGCAAACCUAACCCUGAGCCUGCUCUGUACAAUGGUGGCAUCCUCCGUUGGGCGAGCAAAAUAACUGAUUUCAGAACAGAGGACGAGGGGAACUACUCUCCAGCAUUUGUGCUCUACAACAUGUCGGCGGCAAUCGCAUACAGCUUCUCCUGUUGGGUGAAAAUCGAAGGACCAGCAACUGCACAUGUGAAGGCAAAGAUACUGACCCUAGAAAACGCAGCAUCAAAAUGCAUUGGCACAGCUCUCGUGCGAAAUGACUGCUGGUCUUUCCUCAAAGGUGGUUUUGCUCUCAACUCCUCGUCUCAAACCUCGGUCCUCUAUUUCCAGACAGCAAGCCCAAACGCUUCGACGAUCUCAAUCAGAAGCGCCUCCUUGCAACCAUUCUCACCUGAUCAAUGGAAUCAGCACAGGGAGGACCGUAUUCAGCUGAUUCGGAAGCGUUUCGUCAACGUCCAUGUCUCCAACGCCAACGGCAGCCGUGUCGUUGGGGCGAAUGUUUCCGUGCAUCAGAUCGCCCGAGAUUUCCCCUUUGGCUCUGCCAUCAGCAAGAGUAUCCUUGGGAACAAGCCGUAUCAGGACUGGUUCAACAAGCGGUUUAACGCGGCGGUGUUCGAGAACGAGCUCAAGUGGUACGCCACGGAGCCGUCCCCGGGGAAGGAGGACUACACGGUGGCGGACCAGCUGCUGCAGUUCGUGCAGUCCAACGACGUGAUGGCGCGCGGGCACAACAUCUUCUGGGAGGACCCCAAGUACACGCCGGCGUGGGUGAAGAACCUGACCGGCUCGGAGCUCCGCGCCGCGGUGGCCGGCCGGAUCGAGAGCCUGCUGUCCCGGUACAAGGGCGACUUCGUGCACUGGGACGUCAGCAACGAGAUGCUGCACUUCGACUUCUACGAGAACCGCCUCGGCGGCAACGCCACCGCCGAGUUCUUCAGCACGGCCAAGCGCGCGGACCCGCUGGCCACGCUCUUCCUCAACGACUUCAACGUCGUGGAGGUCUGCGACGACCUCAGCUCCAGCGCCGACUCCUACGUCUCCCGGCUCCGGCAGCUCGCCGAUGGCGGCGUCACCUUCGAGGGCAUCGGCCUGGAGGGCCACUUCGGCAAGCCCAACAUACCCUACGUGCGCGCUGUGCUGGACAAGCUGGGGACGCUGCGGCUUCCCAUCUGGCUCACCGAGAUCGACAUCAGCAGCUCGUUCGAUCAGAAAACGCAGGCCGCAUACCUGGAGGAGGUGCUCCGCGAAGGGUUCGCGCACCCGUCGGUGGACGGCAUCAUGCUCUGGACGGCGAUGGGCAGGAACGCCAGCUGCUACCAGAUGUGCCUGACGGACGCCAACUUCACCAACCUUCCCGCCGGAGACGUUGUCGACAGGCUCCUCGAGGAGUGGCAGACCAGGGAGGUGCUGGGCGCCACCAAUGACCGCGGCUCCUUCAACUUCAGCGCGUUCCUGGGCGAGUACAAGCUCUCCGUCACCUACCAGAACCUCACUUCCGAGGGCACCUUCUCCCUGGCUCGCAGCGACGACACCAAGCACAUUAACGUCCGUCUACAAGGACCUGCAGCCUGAGGAAAUUAAAGGAGGCGAAUCCACGCACUGCUCCUCGCUGCUGUGGGCGUUAUUAUUACUGUGGUAUUAUAUAUGAACUGGUAAUUGGUACUUGGAUCGAAUUAAAAGUGCGUGUUUUGAGUAAUUCUAGGACUGAAUGAUGCGAAUAUUGAGGACAGCAGAUUGAUCAAGGAGAAUUAAGCAACUACUAGUCAUCGAUCCGUGCAAUAUAGUA